AUGGCAGAGAGAAAAGGUUCGAGCGGAUUGGGUUUUAACAUUGUCGGAGGAGAAGAUGGCGAGGGAAUAUUUAUAUCAUUCAUAUUGGCCGGAGGACCCGCCGAUCUCAGCGGAGAACUCAGGCGGGGAGAUCAAAUCCUCAGCGUGAACGGAAUCAAUUUGAGGACGGCGACUCACGAAGAAGCCGCUCAGGCAUUGAAAGGAGCGGAUCAGACUGUUACCAUCGUAGCUCAAUUCAAACCCGAGGAGUACAAUCGUUUCGAGGCCAAAAUCCACGAUUUGAAACAGCAGAUCUCUCAACAAAUGUCUGGUACCUUGCUUAGAACGUCACAGAAAAGAUCUUUAUACGUCAGAGCGCUUUUCGAUUACGAUCCGAACAAAGACGACGGUCUCCCGAGUCGGGGUUUGCCAUUCCACUACGGAGAUAUAUUACACGUGACGAACGCGAGCGACGAUGAGUGGUGGCAAGCGAGAAAAGUUUUGCCAACGGGAGAAGAAGAAGGAAUGGGGAUCGUUCCGUCCAAAAGACGUUGGGAAAGAAAGCAAAGAGCUCGGGAUCGAACGGUUAAAUUUCAGGGUCACGUGCCACAAAAUAUGGAUAAGCAAUCGACGUUAGACCGGAAAAAGAAAAACUUUUCAUUUAGUCGAAAGUUUCCAUUUAUGAAGAGCAAAGACGAUAAGUCGGAAGACGGCUCUGAUCAAGAACCUUUCAUGUUAUGUUACACGCAGGACGACAACACGACAGAAGGUAUUGAGAUUGAAUCAUUUUUAUUACUUGCUGUUGUCAAAGGUGGGGAAGAAACGGUUCUUUCGUACGAAGCAGUUCAACAACAGCAAAUACAGUACACUCGUCCUGUCAUCGUUUUGGGCCCUCUCAAAGAUAGAAUCAACGAUGAUUUAAUAUCCGAAUUCCCGGAUAAAUUUGGUAGCUGCGUACCUCACACGACGAGGCCGAAGAGAGAGUACGAAAAAGACGGGAGAGACUAUCAUUUCGUUUCGUCUAGAGAACAAAUGGAAAAAGAUAUUCAAAAUCAUUUAUUCAUCGAAGCCGGACAGUACAAUGAUAAUCUUUACGGUACGUCCGUGGCAUCGGUCAAAGAAGUGGCGGAACGUGGUAAACAUUGCAUAUUGGACGUGAGCGGUAACGCUAUAAAAAGGCUGCAAGUCGCUCAACUCUUUCCAAUCGCCAUAUUUAUUAAACCCAAAUCUGUCGAAUCAAUCAUGGAAAUGAAUAAAAGAAUGACUGAGGAACAAGCCAAGAAGACUUACGAGCGUGCCAUUAAAAUGGAACAAGAAUUUGCCGAAUAUUUCACGGCCGUCGUCGAGGGAGACACUCCCGAAGAAAUCUACGCCAAAGUAAAAGAUGUCAUCGUCGAACAAGCGGGUCCAACGAUUUGGGUACCCGCAAAAGAGCAACUGUGA